GCUCCUUUUGAUACCCAUCCGACUCCUCUUAUGAGGGCGUACGGCGCGCACGCCUCAUGAGCAGAGUAUCUCGACCAAGUGCGAAGACGAAGAGAUGACUGCAGUCGUCGCCGCCUCUGCUUCUGGCAUGGCGUCCUCAGAGCAGGACUCUGCUGCUUCGGCCAGUCUCGAGGAUCCUACUCCUUCCCCAUCUUGCGGUGCCUCUCAUGACACUACCAACGACGACGAGGUCAGUCACGACACCUUGACACGCGAAGAAGCCUUCGAGCUCGGCCGAUUCUCCGAGGGGAAGGCACGCAUAGACGAGCAUCUUCAGCUGCUAGAGUCUAGAUCCACCAUCGAUGCCUUUGCCGACUUCAAACCAUCAUGGGAGGCCAUGACGAUGGGCGACAUUGAACAGCAGUGGGCACCACUGGAUGCUCGCAGAGAGGAGGCUGCAAACUGGAUAGAGGAGAGAGACGGUAUCGAGGAGACGACACUCAGAUUCGAUGCAGCAGACAUGGAGAGGCUGCGCAAGCUAGCAAAGGCGUGCUCACAGCGCAAUAUGUCGCGCGAGGACACGGACAUUGUCGAGGUCGCAUUGCAGACGCUCGUCGCCCUCGAAGGCUUGCGGGUCGCUCUCAGCUCAAGGGAACGUCGUCUUUCCCUCCUUGACGCCCGUCUAGCGUGGGAGACAGCGAGGCGAGAUUGCUGCACUCUCUAUCGCCCGCUCGCCGACGACGUGGAUGACUUCGUCUCACAACAAGCACGGUGGAGCAUGCCUACUCAGAGAUCACCUGCCGCAACAUUCUCAGACGUUGCAGAGCGCGCCGAGCGGAUCGCCUCCCGCAUUGCCAACUUCGUCGACGUCAUCGUACCGCGAUCCUCAGAGGCGCUCGACGAGGUCAUUGAGCAGUGCCAAGCUCCAGAGGCCUUUCUGGACGAGCAAGAUAGAAUCGAAGACCUCGCCGUCUCUCUUACCUCUCGACUCCAGUUCGUCAAGGAGCUGCUCUCUCAGUGGCGUGCUGCAGAGGAGCUUCUGCGGCAGACGACAGCGCUAUGCAAAGCUGGCCGAGAUCUGCUUGCUCUCAUCGAAAAUCUUAGGACCAAGAAGCCCUCUGUCAGCGAGGCCGCCAGCAUCAAGGAGCAGAGCGAUACGCUUCGUCAUGAGCUACUGGAGCUGGGCGAUCGCGAGGACAUCAUCAAGUUCCUGGUCAGUCCAGAAAAGGCGGCAUCGGGUUUACAUUUCUGUCCCGUCAAGCAUUCGUUGCCCUCCCCUCGUCACGAGCAUUGGUCAGAUCAGGCCGAUAUCGAUGGCAAGAUCCAAUCUGCUCUUCGUACCCAGCUGGUUGAGACCGCUACAAACGUUCGACGAGCCAUCGAAGCAAGUAAGGCUUUCCUUGCUGCAUACGAAGCGCUCGAGAGGGCAGCAAAGCUGCAAAAGAAGGUGCAGAAGUCGAGCGACGAAUGUCAUCACAUCGCUGCGAUUGCUCGCGCGGGAUGGACAGCGGAGGAGCACGAAAAGCAUUGGAGCGAGCUGCUACGAGAGCUGCUACGACCAAGCCGCCCCGCUCAGGAAGCCUUGGCGAAGGCAGAUACUAUUCCGCAGCUCCAGUCAAGAUUAGGAGACACCAUUGCCGAGACGGACGCGUGGUGCGCUAGUAUCUCCGAGCUUCACCUUACCUGCAGGUCCCUGGACAUGUAUCCUGCCGUCUGCGAGAAGGAGGCGGCUGAAGUAGCAUCCGCUUGGCGGACGGCGUCUGAGAAUGCUCGGUUGGCUCUGGCAGAUGCCUCUGCUCUGCGCGAUGCUUUACGCCAUCUGCAUGAGCUUUCCGACGCCCACGAUGUGGCUCAGCCAGCGCUCCAACGGCUCAGAGAGGGUCUCCUCGACGACAUCUCCCAUCACACUUUCGAAAUUUCCAAGUUGCAAGAAGAUAACGCAGACGCUCAUCGCUCACCGCGUCAUGGCUCGGAGCUCGCUGGCGUCGAGGCUUACGUCUCGAAGUACACGGCUUGCCUUGACCUAGUAAAGAAAAAUCGUCUCAUUGCAUCUACCGCACAGAAUGAUGCUACCCUCACAUCACGCCAUGCAGACGAGAUCAAGAACCUCGAGGAUGUCAGGUCACUUUUGCGAUGGGCACAAGCUCUCUUCGAUCAGCGCAAGUCAGUAUUGAAGCAGCAACAACGCUUCAAUGAGCUGGAUAAGCAAGGCGCUGAUCUACGCAUCGCCGCCAGCGUAGGCGAGCUUGCCGAGUCCGACCUCGAUACUCUGGCAAAGCGCCUUUCACCACUAGCUGAGGACAUUGUUCGCUUCAAAGCCGGCCAGCAGGCCGGUCUUCAGCUCGUCGGAAACCCUAAUGCUCUGCACACGCCUGCGUCGCCACCUCUCACAUCCCCAGAUGGCGCAGUGCGUGAUGUCAGUCACGCGUGGUGCCUUCGUCUCGAUCAACUUCAAGACGAGAUUUGGCGACUGAUGAACGACGCUCGCGAGCGCAAUCGCCUUUGCAAAGAGCAGCAGGAGGAGGAGGAGCGGAAGCGCCAGGCGAUCAUUGAGGCAGAAGCCCGGGCCAGAGCUGAGCAAGAGGCUGCAUUAGCGGAAGUCAAAGCAAAAGCAGAAGCGGCAGCACUUGCUGCUACCAAAGCUGCCGCAGAAGCUAGAGAGGCCGAGGCUCAAGCUGAGGCGGAGGCUGAGGCUAGAGCGCGAGAGAUGGAGGAGCGCGCCAAGAUUGAGGAUGAGCAGGCCCGUGCGAACGCGGACCGAGAAAGGAGGGAGGAGGAGGAAAGGCGCAGAGCUGACGAAGAGGCUCGUCGCAGGGCUGAUGAGGAAAAGGCUCGUGUCGAGGCUGCUGAGGAAGACGCCCGCCUCAAGGCCGCCGCUGAAGCAAGGCAAAGACAAGCUAAGGCUGACGCUGAGGACCUCGCCGCUAGGGCGGCUGUCGCGCCAGAGAAGGUGUACAAGGCCCUCGAGCAAGCGCGUCAAGCGGCUGAGUCUUGCUACUCGCACAUCGGAAGUCGAGACCGAGCCUUUAAAAAGGUGCUUGGCUCGGCCAACAGCCGCCGGCUACCUCAAAGAGCCUUCCUUUCUGAGCUUUCCAGCCGUCGUACAGCCGCUGAGAACGCCCUCAUCGCCCGUCGCGACGUCUUUGACAGCAAGAUGCGGGCGUUGACAGACUACCUCGAUGUGCUGCCGGAGGACGAUGAGUACGACGUGAUGCGCGAAGAGGCUGAAGCUACGCGGCAGAAGGUGCGCGAUGACAUUGCUAGACUCCUACAGGGCUUCGACGAUGCCAUCGCAGCAGAGGGCGGCGAGUCUUCGGUCACCAGCAGCAACUCAAGCAGCUUCGAAUCGUCGCCCGUUGGUUCUACAGCAACGCCUCGUCGCCGUUUGGACAGUCUUGGCAGUGCGCGCUCGUUGCCUGCGUCGCCUCUCACGCCCACUGUUCCGCUGCCCGACGAUCUUCGGCGCCGCAGUGAGUACCUCAAGCGCGUCCUUCAGCCAGGAGAGGUCGAGGUGCAAGUUAUACCUGAGCACGGCAAGAAGCAAAGCGAGAUGCUGCUCGAUCUGCCGAGCGCAGCUGACGCUGAGAGGGUGGGCGAGGCGACGGCCAGCCUCCUCAAGGAACUUGGUGAGCUCCGAGUAGGUCACCCUACCGAGCGCGGCAUCGCCUCCCUCGUGGAUCAAGCACAAACUCGGGCCACGAGACUUCGACGUUACAAGCAAUUGGCAGAUUUCAAUACGGCUUUCGUCACUAUGGAGACGGCGCUCGGAGAAUUUCUCACUCUGCUCGAUGACGCCGAGGGGCAAGGCCUUGACCGCUUUGCACCAUCGCCUAUGUCUGGGAGUCGCCCAUCCUCUCGCCGCUCUACGAGAGCUCUAACGCCGGCUCAAGACGCUUCCCAAACGGUGCAGACACAGCUUAGUUCCCUUGACCCACUGAUGGAAGCGGCAGACUCGUUAGCCAAGCCUGUAGCGCAGGAUGUCCGAGUGCGAGAUCGAUUAGAGCAGCUGCGUAAGUCCUACGUCGACAUGGCAGAGAUGGCUCGCGACGUCCUCAACCCGGAUCCAGACCGCAGUCUCAGCGCAAUGUCUCGCACCACCUCAGAUUGCAGCCUGUCGACAAUCAAUACGCCGCUGCUGGGCACUCUGCGACUGCCUCAAAUUGGCGGCGACAACGAAGACGACUCCUCGUCGGUGCUGGCUACUCCAACCAAGAUCCCGCGGCCAAGGUCGUCCACAGCGGGCCGCUUUGGAGAGCGCGCUCACGUCUCAAGCAGGCUACGGACGACGAGCCUCACAGCGCAGGCCUCGGCCAUCGACUCGAAUCUUCCACGGCUACGCGCGCCGUCGACGCCGCAGCGCCCCCCUGUGGCAAUUGAAGGGCGUCGCUCCUCUGCCGGUCAAGUCACGCCUCUGUCUCGAUCAGUCGCCCGCCAACGGCUCCCCGCCAUUGCCGGUUCCCCAGCCUCAACGCCGCCUCGAGUACUGGGCACCAGUCGCACCGUCGACUCGACUCCGACGAGCCGCCCACGAACAACCUCAGCGAAGCAAUCGGCUCCUCCUUUGCCCUCCGCCAUUCGUGUCCCUUCCUCAGCGUCUAAGGUUUGGACGCCAGCGCGCAGGCCGAGGGCCACCACAGCGGCGGCGGUAUCGACCCCUUCCAACAUGGGCAAAGUCGCCGAAGCCUCGUCGUCAUCCUCCCGCCCCAAUCGCUACAAAGCCAACCCGAAGAGUCGCCUCGACAUCGCGGUGGCCAAGGUAGUGAACCGCAUGCCCAUGCCCGUCAGCAUGGUUCAUGCAUCGCAAGUGCCCGGCGGACGACCACGCCUCAGCAACAACGGGGUUGGAAUCGUCGGCACCAGGUCCGUCUCCUCAUCGACGGACUCUACGACUGGGCGCCGCGAAGAAUGGAAGGACGACAGUGGGCGCUACUGGGUUGGUCACCCUGACCCCAAGCUCUGCUUCUGCCGCAUUUUGCGCUCCAGGACGAUCAUGGUGCGCAUUGGCGGUGGAUGGCAGGAGUUGACGCGAUACCUUAUUCAGCACUACGGAUUAUCCGUGCCUGGUAUCGGUAGUGGCACAGACGGCGAGGGGAUGACACAGGGCGCGCCAUCUUCGCUGCCGUCUUCGUCGUCUCUAUCGCGCUUCGCUGCAGCAGAUGGCGCUGGUGGAUCUGCCAUGCCGUGGAUUUCGUCUGCCUCCGUAAAGGAGCACAGCCGAGUCCCCUCGAGCUCGUCGGCCACCUCUGUCACUUCCGCGAUGAAAGGCAGACGCACGGCGUCAACGGCAACUACCGCGUCGGGCGGGAUCUCCUCCCCCAUUCUUUUCAACCUAGACGGUUCGCCACAAGAGUACUUUGGAAUGUCGCCACGCACGCCUACCGGCAAGCACAGGCAGAGGACUGUAUCGCUGCAAGGCGGCAGUCCGACUUCAAAGCAGGCACAGGUCGCAGCAGAACGCGGUGGAGGCAGCCCUACUGCGCCUCCAGUACCGCCUUUACCUCUCGCAGUGGACGUGGAGCGCGUCUCCCCGACCUUGCUCCGCAAAAAGGACGGAGCAUCCACCUCACCAUUGAUUCCCUUCUCGGUGCAGCAUGAGCGGCGGGGAAGCACGAGCCGAGCAGGAAGAGAUGGGGAACUGCACGCUUUCCAGCUCAAGGCACCUGCUCAAGGGGCUUCUCCUUCCGUAGCGGCCACGCCGGGCUCGCCCGGCCCUCCCUCAUCAUGGCGCAGAGGAAGAUUCCCCUCUUCGAGCUCGACCAGCGCUAUGCGCUCUCCGCCUUCAGUCUCGCGCGCAGACGGGCUAGCAGCAUCAACUUCGGCCUUCUUCGACUCGUCUCCCACCAAGACUGCUCGUCGUGAAGGAGCAGCAAGCGCCCUGCCUGCAUCAGAAAGCACCAGUAGCGGCAUGGUAGCCGGGGAAGAUAUUUUGCCUCUCUUUUUCCGCAAGGAGGAGCAAUCGACACCGGCUGAUCAUCGAGCCGCAACUGCCGCAAGAUCGCCCACGCCUACGAGCGGAAGAAAGUCGGCCGGAGCGGUCAUGCGGCGUGAGACCAGUGAAGGGGCUAGGAGUAGCGCUUCAGGGUCGCGCGCGAAGACGCCGACGUCUUAAGACACUGGUGUAAUAAUGUGGGUCCUUCGAUGUUAUCAUCGUCUCAUCAGGCGAUGCUCGACAUGAGGUGUAGCUCUCCUCUUCUGCUUGUCCUUUUCUCCUCGACGCGGACUCUCUCUCAUCAAUCUCUCCAUACUCAGUCAUCUUUUAAUGUAACAUCACUCUCACAUCCAUGCAAUCCGCUUCUAGGUCCGGUGACAUUAUCAUGCAUCCAUAUUGUCUUCGUUCGCCGCUCAGAAGCCAAAAUUGGAG